ACCUGACAAUCAGAGAGAACCCGAUCCCCGAGGGCCCGCUGCCAGGGGCCAGCCCAGAAUAGUUGCCACCCCGCCACCACCGCCGCCUGUCGCGCACUCGCUAGCGGACUUAGGGCUGGCCGCAUGGAGUCUGAGCUGGAACACACACUGCCUGGGACCCUGACCUGGAGCCACAGUGGGUGUCCAGAGAGUCAAGCACUCCCUCCUAAUGGAACAGGUCCUUCCCUCCUUCCGGAGAUGGACUUCCUAGAACAAGGAGACAACUCGUGGCCAUCACCAGCUGUGACCACCAGCCCAGAAAGAACCCGGGCAACCCGGGGCGUCAAGGCUUCCAGAUGGACAAGGCAGGCGGCUGUGGAGGAAGUGGAGCCGCCCGGUUUGGAAGAAGGUGCCCAGGCCAGACCAGCUGCUGAGUCCGCCAGGCAGGAAGCCACAUUCCCCGAGGAGGCCACACCCUUGGCUCAAGCCGUUCCCUUGGCUGGAGUGGAGACCUCCCCCAGCGGGUGGGACCUCCUCUUGCCCGACUGUGCAGCCUCAGAAGUGGGUUCCAGCACAGGGGACCUGGAGCUGGCCAUCGAGUUCCCAGACCCGGAGGCCUGGGACGGUGAGCUGGAAGGCCUGGGGGAGGACAGGCCUCGGCCUUGCCCAUCCCCACAGGCCCCACUUCUCAGCUUGAGCUGGGAUGAUGAGUUGCAGAAGCCUGGGGCCCAGGUCUAUAUGCACUUCAUGCAGGAACACACCUGCUAUGAUGCCAUGGCCACCAGCUCCAAACUGGUCAUCUUUGACACUGCGCUGGAGAUUAAGAAGGCUUUCUUUGCCAUGGUGGCCAACGGCGUGAGGGCAGCCCCUCUGUGGGACAGCAAGAAGCAGAGCUUUGUGGGCAUGCUCACCAUCACAGACUUCAUCCUGGUGUUGCACCGCUACUACAGAUCCCCCCUGGUCCAGAUCUACGAGAUUGAAGAACAUAAGAUUGAGACCUGGAGGGAGAUCUACCUACAAGGCUGCUUCAAGCCUCUCGUCUCCAUCUCUCCCAAUGACAGUCUGUUUGAAGCUGUCUAUGCCCUCAUCAAGAACCGAAUCCACCGCCUGCCGGUCCUGGACCCGGUCUCCGGCACUGUGCUCUACAUCCUCACACACAAGCGGCUACUCAAAUUCCUGCACAUAUUUGGUGCCCUGUUGCCACGGCCCUCCUUCCUCUGCCGCACUAUCCAAGAUUUGGGCAUCGGCACAUUCCGAGAUUUGGCUGUCGUUCUGGAAACAGCUCCUAUCCUGACCGCGCUGGACAUCUUUGUGGACCGGCGUGUGUCUGCGCUGCCUGUGGUCAAUGAAUCUGGUCAGGUCGUGGGGCUCUACUCCCGCUUUGAUGUCAUUCACCUGGCUGCCCAGCAAACCUACAACCACCUAGACAUGAGUGUGGGAGAAGCUUUGAGGCAGAGGACACUGUGUCUGGAGGGGGUUCUCUCCUGCCAGCCCCAUGAGAGCCUCGGCGAAGUCAUUGACAGGAUCGCACGGGAACAGGUGCACAGGCUGGUGUUGGUGGAUGAGACCCAGCAUCUUCUGGGCGUGGUCUCCCUCUCUGACAUACUUCAAGCGCUGGUACUCAGCCCCGCUGGCAUCGAUGCCCUCAGUGCCUGAGAGUGCCCAAGUCCCCACUCCCAAGCCAUCUCCCUCACCUGAAAACCAAUGGAAGGAUCUAGGGGGACUUGGCCUUCAUCUUCUCCCACCCCCGUUUGCUGGUGGUUCUGCUCUGGUACAGGCUCUCCAGCCUUCCCUUAUUGUCCUUGCUAUACCUACACUCCCAGAGGCCUUCGGGCAUGCCCAGUACACCAGGAUGAUGAAAUUAAGAGCAAUCGAGUCAAGCCUGAAAGUCCUGAACCAGAGGCACUGCGAUCAGCCUAGGACAAUCUGUGUGCCCUGUCUCUUUUUAAGCCUUUUCCUCCCACCUGGGUCAGGGCUGAGCUCCAUGUGGCAGGGAGCAUGCAGCCUACGGAUUUAGCUGGGCACCUGGAAUGCUUGGUUCUGGAUACACGUGCCCAGCUCCCACGAGGCCUGGCUGUUCUUUCCCUGUGGAAGAUCCCACUGGGCCACCACCAUCAUACAAGCUGCUGGCGGCCAACAUUGAGCAGCCCUUGAUUCUAGAGCUAUCUGUUGGGGCUAUAGGCAUUCAUCAUGGUGCCUAGCAGGUAGCUUUUACUAUCUACAGCUGAAGCGGGACUGUCAUGGUGCCCUUUUUGGGUGUCCAUAAGGGGUCUGCCACUGAGGCAUGUGGUACUCUCAGGCUCCAAGAAGUAGGCCCAGCAGGGCUUCUGAUGCUCUUGUCCAGUGGGCUCCUCAGCUCUCACUAGUAAGCAAUGUUCUACUCCCCUCAGUAUCCCCUACCCCCAGAUAGAUUCAGAUCUUUGAGAAUGAGCAAUGAAGAAAAAAAGAAACAAAAGAGCAAGCCCUGACCUUGGAUGCUCCAGGCUUACUCAAAGGCUGCAGUCAUUGAAAUGAACUUACGGCCAGCUCCUUGUGUCUCCUGAAUUCAAAGCCUUGAAGGAAAGUCUGUCUGAACUUGGCAAAAACUACACAUGGCCUUUCUUUUGUGCGUAAAAUGUUGUUAUUCUGCCAAUAUUUUUUAAUCUUUGAUUUGUAACAAAAUGAUAGGGAAAAUGUUUAUUCAUUACUCACCUAGCAGGUGGAACCCAGUCUGCAAAUGGGAGUCUGCAGGAAACAUAGCUGGUCCUGCAGUGCUGGAUGAACUCAAUUCACCAAGUACAAAGAAAUGAAUCUCA